AUGCAACCUUUCAACAAAUAUUAUCCGUCUGAUUGGGAUCCCAGUAAGGGAUCGGUAAACAAAUUUGUUGGAAAACACCCUCUUGGUGACCGAGCACGAAAGAUCGACCAAGGGAUACUAAUAGUCAGAUAUAAUGCCGAAAAGAAGAAGGUCGGAAACUAUUAUAGUACACCGAUAUGGAGCUUUCGUAUGAAAUGUCAUCUAUGUGAUAAUUGGAUCGAAAUUCAAACCGAUCCAAAGAAUGCACAAUAUGUUGUUGUAAAUGGCGCUCGUCAGAAAGUAGAAACCUGGGAGCCUGAGGAUACUGAAACUAUACGAUUGAAAGACGAGGAAGAAAAGCGGAGAUUAGCUGAAGAUGCUCUUUUUAAACUUGAGCAUACGGUUAAAGAUGAACGAAAAGCUGCAGAGAGUGCUACCGUAUUGGAAAGGUUACAGAUGUUAAGUGACAAGCAAUGGGCAGAUCCUUAUUCACAUUCACAAAAGAUGCGCAAAAAAUUUAGAGAAGAGAAAAAGACACACCAUCUCCAAAAAUUAAAGGAUGAUGAAAUAUUGGCACGAAAUGGACUUUCGAUCCCAUUAUUACCUGAAUCCCCUGAAGAUGACUUUAUGGCAAAAACGACAGAUUUUUCGGAUAAAAUUCUGGAACAGGCGAAAAAGCGUAAAUUAGAGGUUUCCGCGUCGUCUAUAUUCAAAAGACACAGCUCGUCCAAGUUGAAAAAGGUUUCUUCGUCCUCCACUUCACGACAUCAACAACUUGAUAAGAUUAACAAUGAUAAAGUUGCUCAGUUAUCAGCCAUCGUCAAAAUCAACACAAAAUUAAAGACGGAUCCUUUUUUAAAAGAUUGGAGCAACGGAGAUGGAAAUGGCAUGGCCACUAUUAAAGACAAAAGUGGCGACAGUUUCGACGGUGGCUUAAACGUUAAGAGUCAAAUUGUGGCUAUCAAGAAAAAAGAUAUACGACAGUCCAGUGAUAAUAACGACACCGACAAUCACCACCACAGUAAUGAGAAUAGUACCAACAAUAACAAGAGAGAAUAUGAAGAUGACAAAAAGUCACCAAUUAAAGUGUUAUCACUUGUGAGCUCGGAAUAUGACGAAGAUGAUUAA